AUGAGGAGAAACCCAAAAGCUUCGAUUGACCCGAUCCGCACGAGCAAGCGGAUAGCCAAAGCAAAAAAUGUGAUGAAUCCAAUAGUCGCCAUCGAAGCAAUAAAUAAGAAGAACUCUAAAGUUACUGGAUCGGAAGUAAUUACAAGGAAGACAACAUUAGUUCCAAAAAUUGCUGAUGAGCCAACAAUGACGAAGAAGAUCAAAGCCUGCAAGGAAGCAGCCGAUAAUAAGAGAGGCAAAAGGCCCUUUGCAAGUAAAGUUCCACAGACAGAUACCAGCUACAAAACUCUGUAUUUUGACUCGCAAAAAAAGGUUGAGGAUUUGACGGAGCUAAACCAUAAACAAGCCAUUGAUUUGAGCUACAGGAGUGGACAAGUUGAUGCAUACGAGUAUAUAAUAGGAAAUAUGAAGAAUGUGGUGGCCUUCUCUAAUACAAUGAGAGUAACUGAUGCAGAGAUGAACUUGUCUAAAGGAACUGCUCCAGAUGGUCCUUCGUUGAAUCUGAACCAUCUCGAAUGA